AUGUCAUUCCAUAGAAACAUAAGUAACAACACAUGCUGGACGAGCAACUGUGCAAAUAUAAUGAACUCUGCAAACAAUUUAAAUUGUGCAGACAUCAAAUAUAACUAUCCUUAUUACGCAAAUAAUCAUCAAUUAAAAAACAGUGAUAAGUAUUCAAUGCAAAAAAUGAAAACUUAUGCUGGGGGUAAUCUCUACAUAGGUACAAUGGAGGAGAAGCUACAGAAUAAAUCUUCUAAUAUGGGGACAACUCUCGAGACGAACGCUGCAACCACUGUCACCACAAAUGUGGACAAAAAUGUUUACACAAAUGUAGACAAAAAUGUUUACACAAAUGUUGACAUAAAUGUAGACAAAAAUGUUUACACAAAUGUAGACAAAAAUGUUGGCACAAAUGUAGACAAAAAUGUUGGCACAAAUGUAGACAAAAAUGUAGACAAAAAUGUUGACACAAAUGUGGACACAAAUGUUGACACAAGUGAUGACACAAAUGAUGAAACAAAUGAUGACACAAAUGAUGAAACAAAUACUGACGUAAAUGCUGAAACAAAUGUUGAGGAGGUUGUAUGCACAGAUCUCGGGGCAAGUGUAGCAACAGACUUUGGCCCAGCGACCAAAGGGGAAUAUUACAGCACAGGGGGAGGAAUGCACUCUGGAAAAGGCUUUACAAAUGUAUAUGGAAUGUACGAUACAUUGUAUCAGGAAACAGGAAUCGGAAAGUCAUUCAACACGAACUUUGGCACAAACGCAGGAAUAAGCAGUGGUAUAUACAGAGCUCCGUGUAGUGGUACUUACCGAGCUGUAUGUAGUGAUACUUACCGAACUCCGUGUAGUGGUACUUGUGGAACUGCAUGUAGUGGUACUUGCAGAACUGCAUAUAGUGGUGCAUGCGGAAGGGCCAACAAUGGUGCACACGGAGAAGUAAACUUCAGAGCGCAAUACGGAACAAAUUAUGGAACAAAUUAUGGAACAAAUUAUGGCACAAAUUAUGGCACAAAUUAUGGCACGAAUUACAGCACAAAUUAUGGCACGAAUUACAGCACAAAUUACAGCACAAAUUACAGCACAAAUUAUGGCACAAAUUACAGCACUAACUGUAGCCCGGGCAGUGGCAUCACGGAAUAUCAGGAACAACGGGGAAUACUAAAAAACAAAAAAUUUGAUAUGUACACAUUUUUGCGAAAUAACAAAAAGUAUGAAUUCAUGAAAAACAAUUUACAGGUAAAAAAGGGAGUGAAAAAAACUUAUUCCACAAAUGAAAGAUAUCAUAAAAUAAAAAAUGAAUACUUAUCUCCCACAGUUGAUUCUGUAUACUUUAAAAAUUUAAACAAAUAUUCUUCAUGUAAUUGUGCAAAUUUACAUAAAAAGAUUUACACAAAAAGUGAAAAAUGUGGUAACAUUACAGAUAUUAAGCAAAUACAUAGUGACUUAAUUUACUUAAUUAUAAAAUAUUUAUAUUAUGAAAGAAUUUUACCAGAAGCUAAUGAAAUUAAAAGAAAAAUAAAUAAAUAUUUUCCAGAAUGUACAGUUUUAAACACUAAUUUUAUAAACAUAUGUAGAGAAGAUAAAUUUCAAAAAUUUGAAAUUCAUAAAAUAAAUUCUUUUGAAAAUGAUGAAAAAAAAGGAAAAAUAUUCUUUAGAAAAUCUUUUAAUAAUGAAAAUAUAUGUAUAUAUCUCCGAGGAAUAUCCAGAGAUUUUUUUAUAAAUCCUAACGACGACAAUGAAAAUAUUUUACCAUACAUCCCACUUGUAUUUAUGCAUAUUAUAGACCGGUUUAGGAUUCAAUCAAGUGACAAUAACCAUAAGGGAGGAAGGUACAUAUUGGCCGAAACGCUAAAACACACCGGACCGUAUAUUUUCAGGACCAUGAAAUUAGGAAGAAUAAUACAUAUACUCCAAAAAUGUAUUGAUUUGAACAUUUUAUCUUACUAUAACAAUAAUAUUAUACCUAUAUUUACAUCUAUGUCUAUAUCCAAAACAUAUGUUUCAAAAAUGCUCGUGAAUGAAACCCCUGAUUCAAAGAACCAUAAAGAAAACUCCAUAAUACUCAUAAAAGAUAGAAUCCAUCGCUUGCUGCAUACCUAUUCAGAGGAAAAAACAAAGGCAAAAGGUUUUUCCCUUAGUAGACUACCCCUCAUAUACAAGAAUGUGUACAAGGAAAACAUAAACAUAGACCAAAUAGGAUACUCAAAAUUAACAGAAUUUAUAAAUAACGAAAUGAGUGAUGUCUGCUUUAUUUCAACUCAACACAAAUUUCAGUGCAUAUUACUACCUGUCAUGAAAAAUGAGCAAAAACAACGAGACAAAAAUGCAAAACUAAAAAAGGAAAUGGAGUUGAAGAAGUCCCUAGAUUAUAUAAAGAACUAUCAGUGGGAAAGAUGCAUUUCUUAUUUACACUUUUCUAAUUACUUAAAAACUAAACAUGGGGAAUCAGUACUAAAUUAUGGUGCAUUAAACGAUACCUUAGAACAACUCAUAGAUAACAGUUUAUUUAUUAAACAUAAAAAUUACAUUGACCGAACUUUAGAAAAUGAUUCAAAUUCUAACAUACCUUUGUUGUUACCCCUAGAUGUUUUUAAUUUACCAUCAUCAUAUGAUAUGUAUGAUUCAUACUAUAAGUCGCACACCUAUUAUAGUAAAGAUGAAACAGAAGAUAAUUCUGUAAUCAAAUUUGUAGACGGUUCACAAGGAAAAUGCGAUAUUUUAUAUGAUCUUGAAAAAUGUGAAAAUACAGAUAUUUCCAUCGAAGAAUCGAUAAAUAUAAACCACAUGUAUUUUAACUACCCAUCUUCAUAUAAUGUUUUUCAUUCGCUUUUUAAUGAUAAUGCAGAAGAAAUUCCCAUUGUCGAUUAUCACAGAAUACAAGUUUAA